AUGGCGACCCCUCCGAUCACCGCGUGCAUCAGUGCCGCUGCUGCUGCAAGGUCCGCCGUCGCCACCCACGUGCUGCGUCGCAGCAUCUCCGUCGCCCCCGCAUCCGCGGCCGCCGUCAUGCUUCGUCGCAACACCUCGUCGCGAUCGCACUGCGCUGCAGCAUACCCGCUAUUUAAAACAUUGGCUGCAGUGAAGCUUCACCGGUGGCCAUCGGGUGCUGCAGUGGAGCUUCGACGGGGCAGCCGGUGCUACGAUGGAGCACCGCCGCGUGGUGGUGGUGCUGCAGUGAAGCUUCGCCUGCGGCGUCGAGGUGCUGCGGACCUGCGAUGGAGCACCACCCCGCCGGUGUUGGGAAAGAUGUCUAUUAUCUCGUGCCGGAAAAGGUUGUCACCGUGGCGUUUUUGCAGAAAACCCCUCCCCAAACUCCCGACACAACCCGCACUCCUCGUCUUCUCCAAUCGACGCAGCCCGCCGCUCCGACACGGGCGCAUCGACGCCGGAGCUCCCCCGCUCAGCUUCGCCGUGCUGCUCCCCUGCUCUCCCGCGCGUCCUCCUCCGCCGCCGGGGAUGCCUACGCCACCGCUCCCUCCUGCCUCGCGCAGCUCCACUGCCCCCCCUUGCCUGCCUCCCAAAUCUCCCCUCUUUCACCCCCAAAGUCGUUUCUUCUUCCUCCCGCUGCGUCUCCUGCUUGCGCGCGGCGGCGACACCUCCUCCUCGUUUCCCCCGACGCCGGAGGAGGCACGGGGCAAGCAGCAGUGUCUCGCGCUGCGCUUACGCCACCUCGGGUGCGCGUGGGCCUACGCGCCGGUCGCCGCCUCGGCCGUGCGCCAGUCCGCAAAGGAGGAGGAAGGGGGUUCCGUUCGCCGCCAAGGCGUACUGGGUAUGCUCCUCGAGUCCCCGCUCUUCAGGCCCCUCCUCACCUCCCUCAUCAAGAAGCAGAACAACAUGACGCAGAUGCUGCAGCGCACGGGGAUCCCCGACCGGCCCAUGUUCUUCCCGGAGUACCCUCUCUCUGUACAAGCAAAAGCAGCUAUGAGAAAAUUUUCAUUCAGUCAAGUUCUACUGAUUUUUGGUCUUCUUGAAUUUUGUAUAGUUGAGAUAGAUGUUCUACUUCUUUCAUUCAGUCAGGCUCUACUGAAACAUUUUGCAGAAACAAUGUUUUGCUGAAACUGAAAAAAGGAACAGAAACAUAAAUGUUCUGCUGAAACUGAAAAAAGGAACAGAACCACACCUGAAUAAUUUGUACUCCUCCUUCAUUCUUCAAUAGAUUUAGAAAUGUUCAGACUUUGAAUGUUCACUGAAUAAGUAAAUCUUGUCUUUCCUAAAAA